AUGUGUUUUUCUUGUCUAGAGGAAGUUAAAACAUAUUAUCAAGAGUAUGCUUUAAAAAAGGGGUUUGGAUGGAGGAUUGGAUCAUCGAAAAAAGGAGAUGGUGGGGAGGUCAACUACCUAAUACUUUCAUGUUCAAGAGAGGGGUCUAACAUUUCAAAAAUUUCAUGCACGUUAAAGACACUACCAUCUAGAGCAAAAAAUUGUCCUGCCAAGAUUUGUAUUAAAUUGAAACAAGAUGGUUUUUGGUACAUUACACAAUUUGAAUCUAACCAUUCUCAUGAGACUAGCCCUACAAAAGCAAGAUUGUUCAAGGCUAACAAGAAAAUGAACUUACAUGUGAGGAGAACAAUCCAAAUCAAUGAUCACGCGGGAGUAAGGAUCAACAAGACUUUUCAAUCGCUUGUUAAAGAUGCAGGAGGACAUGAAAAUAUUCCCUUUUGUGAAAAAGAUGUGAGGAAUUAUAUUAACAAAGAGCGUCGUGCAAUUGGAAAAGAAGGUGAUGGUAAGGCUUUGAUUAGUUAUUUUUGUAAAAUGAGGGAACAAAAUACAUAUUUCUUCUAUGACAUAGAUUUGGAUGAUGAUUUUCAUGUGAGGAAUGUAUUUUGGGCUGAUGCAAGAAGUAGAGCCGCUUACGAAUAUUUUGGAGAUGUUGUAACUUUUGACACAACAUACUUGACUAACAAGUAUGACAUGCCUUUUGCUGCAUUCGUGGGUGUGAAUCACCAUGGUCAAUCAACAUUACUUGGUUGUUGA